AUGACUACCAGUGAGGAGUCUGAUGUAGUCGUUCUUCAUCGUGGAGGCAAUACGAGCAGUACUGAUGCUGAAAUCACUCCAGUACCCCAAAAGGAAAAUAUUCACGAGACUCUCCCGUCCAUUCUGAGCCCUUCGCAGAUCAGACACGCAGGUGGUAAGGUAACAAGCAGCGUUCAACAGAAUAUUAGACAGAAAGUCACCCCAGCGAGUCGAAAAAAUUUCCCCACUGGCAACGAGCCUCUCCAAGAAGCGAGUCCAACUAGCUCAAAAGAAGAAGCGUUGGAGGAGCUUAGCCGCCUUCGGGCACAGAUAGUCCGGCAGGCACAUCUGGAUCGUUUUAAGGACCUUGACUACCCUACAGCCAACCCUGAGAUUCUCGAAAGAUGCAGAUCUGGUCCUGGAACCGACCCAAAUUCGGAGUUUUACCUAUCGAUUAAGAAGUGUCGUGUUGCUCCAAUACAAUCGGCAGGUGUCCGCUGUAUAACGGGCUUAACGUCUGGUAGUAUUCAUGAAACUAUUAAACCCAGCGUAUCGGGGGCCGAUGAAGUAGCUGCCCAGUGGGGAGACUAUGAGAGCAGUCCUACUGUCUAUCCCAUUGUUAAGGAUAGGGAGCUGAACUUGUCAUCUGAGCCAACUGAUGAACACAAACGUAUAUUAUCACAGCUUGCACAAACUGCUGGGCUUCAGGGUGGCACUGGAGGCCAGAAUACAGAGUCUGAGCAGGAGCGGAAACAUAGCUGGACAGAUAUUUAUUAUGCAAAUUGGGAGUAUUAUCCGCAUGCCUGCUCCUCCAGUUACGAGGCUUUUCGCGAUUGGUUCCGUCGUUGGCUCGACGGCACCAUUCAAAUUUGCUGCUAUGCCGAUAUCUACCACUAUGCUUUCUUUGAUGGGACGGCGCAUCCAGAUGGCAUACGCACCAUGUAUAUUCCAGACUUAGAGGAACAAACGACUCUCCUAGACAUGGAUGACAAAGAGUCGCUGCUCCAUUGCCAUGAAACCGUCCUAGGUUAUUGCCACAACUGGGAGCUUCACAAUAAAAAGGAGCGUGAUGAAGAGCAACUUCGAAGGAAAAUUACACGCGAGCAUUAUCUUGAAGGCUUGAGGAAUUUCCCACAGCCCAGCGCCAGUGUGCUUCAAGAGAACGUCUACCUGCGUCCUGUUGAAAUGGGUGAUGUCCCAGGACUCCUUGAAAUAUUCAACUGGUAUGCACACAAUUCUCCUUUGAGUACUUAUAUCGAACCACUUGAAGCUGGUGAUAUUCGCCAGUGUAUCGAUGACUGUACCGAGGAAAAACUGCCUUUUAUUGUUGCCGCGGAGCGCAGAAUCAGAGCAACGGCGAAUAAUAGUCCUCAAAAGAUUCUGGGCUAUGCACUGGCGACCGACUACAUAGGACGCAGAACUAGUGGCCGUUUUACAGCGGAGCUGGAGCUGUUUGUCAAACCUGGACACACCCACAAGGGUAUUGGAAAGUGCCUAAUGGAUAAGCUUCUCGAAGUGUGCGACCCUACCUACAUUCCGAAGCGUGGGUAUUUCUUCGAUUGCAAUACUGAAGACCGUACCGGCUACUGGUCAGGAGGUCAACGCAGACUUGGUCGCCUUCUUUUUGCCAUCAGCUACCCAUCUGACAAAAGAUCUACCUACAGCUGGGUUGAAGAAUGGCUCAGAAGGCAGUACGACUUUGAAGAACAGGGUCGACUCAAGGGUGCAAGAGUGAAAUUUAGCCAUUUUCUCAAUGUCACAUACCUUGUUCGAAACGUCGGUCACCACGCCGGCGAUAGGUUCGAUUCCUAA